CUCCGCCCCCGCCACACCUGGCGGGACUUCCCCUGCGGUGACGGCGGCGGCGGUGCUCUCCUUCAGCACCGUGGCUCCCGCGGCGGCUGCGGCGCUGGGGAACCAGAGCGACGGGAGCGGAGGCGACAGCACUGGCGCCUGGGCUGGCGGCGGCCUCGGCCCGCACGGGGCUGCGGGGGAGGCGGAGAGGAAAAAAGGCCCCGAGGCCGCUCCGCUGCUGUCGCACGGGGCGGCUGUGGCGGCCCAGGCGCUCGUCCUCCUGCUCAUCUUCCUGCUGUCUAGCCUGGGCAACUGCGCGGUGAUGGGGGUGAUCGUGAAGCACCGGCAGCUCCGCACCGUCACCAACGCCUUCAUCCUGUCCCUGUCCCUGUCGGAUCUGCUCACGGCGCUGCUCUGCCUGCCCGCCGCCUUCCUGGACCUCUUCACGCCCCGCGGGGACUCGCCGCCCGCCGCCGCCGCCGCUGCCGCCGCCGCGGGGCCCUGGCGCGGAUUUUGUGCGGCCAGCCGCUUCUUCAGCUCGUGCUUCGGCAUCGUGUCCACGCUUAGCGUGGCCCUCAUCUCCCUGGACCGUUACUGCGCCAUCGUGCGGCCGCCCCGGGAGAAGAUCGGUCGCCGCCGUGCGCUGCAGCUGCUGGCGGGCGCCUGGCUGGUGGCCCUGGGCUUCUCCUUGCCCUGGGACCUGCUCCGCGCGCCUCGGGAGUCCCCGGCGACGCAGAGUUUCCACGGCUGCCUGUACCGGACGUCCCCCGACCCUGAGCAGCUGGGCGCGGCCUACAGCGUGGGGCUGGUGGUGGCCUGCUACCUGCUGCCCUUCCUGCUCAUGUGCUUCUGCCACUACCACAUCUGCAGGGCGGUGCGCCUGUCGGACGUGCGCGUGCGGCCGAUGACCACCUACGCGCGCGUGCUGCGCUUCUUCAGCGAGGUGCGCACGGCCACCACCGUGCUCAUUAUGAUUGUCUUCGUCAUCUGCUGCUGGGGGCCUUACUGCUUCCUGGUGCUGUUGGCCGCCGCCCGGCAGGCCCAGGCCACGCAGGCCCCCUCGCUUCUCAACGUGGUGGCUCUCUGGCUGACCUGGGCCAAUGGGGCCAUCAACCCUGUCAUCUAUGCCAUUCGCAACCCCAACAUUUCGAUGCUCCUAGGGCGCAGCCGGGAAGAGGGUUACCGGACUAGGAAUGUGGACGCUUUCCUGCCCAACCAGGGCCCGGGCCUGCAGGCCAGAACGCGCAGUCGCCUUCGAAACCGCUAUGCCAACCGGCUGGGGACCUGCGGCAGGUUGCCUUCUUCCAAUCCGACCAGCGGGUUGGGAGGGGACAUGGCCUUAUGGGCUCACAAAAAUCCAGUUGUACUUUUCUGCCGGGAAGGGCCGCCAGAGCUGGUGACAGGAGUGGCCAAACAGCCUAAAUCCGAAGCCAGGGAUACCAGCCUCUAAGAGGGGCUGGAAUGCACAGCUUGCGAAGGCAAAUUUUUACCCCCUUCGUUUAAUGAUACAGGGUUCCGGGGAGAAUCGUGUAUUUCAUAAAGCCAAACAUUUAAAAAAGGAGACAGGGAGAAGGCUUACUACGUUCCCCAAACAACAUACGAGGCGAUGUCCCCUUCUUCAAAAGUGCCAAAAUGAAUGUAGAAUGCAAAAAUUAAAACAAUCUUAAACCACACAACUAAGUAUUGUGCUAAAAAUGACUAAAAUAAAAUUCACGAUUACCGAAAAGCUCAUAUUACAGGAA